CCCAUAAAAAUUAACACAAUGUCACUUUCCAACAUUUAGAAUGGAGUUAAUGUUGGCAAAUAGCCCAACCAUAACCCAAGAAAAUCAAACCUAAACCCCAUCCAACAUUAAUACCACAAUCUCUCAUCAUUCUUAGCAGCAUAACACAGAGACAGAAAGAAAUAAAAUACUAACCAACUUUUAAUUGUGCACAGCAAGAUAGCAGAUAUCACACUUCACCUGUUGCCUUCGCCAGCCCAUAACAAGCCACUGCGCGCAAAGGUCAGCAACAACACACUCACAAAAGGUGCCAAAAAAAGGACAAAAGUGCGCACUCAACUCAGAUCUCCGUAACAUAGUUGAGAAUCUUAUUUUUAUGAGUUGUUUUCAAUUUUUGCUCUCUUUUUCUUAAAUUAAAGUUGGAAAAAUUCAAAACAUCCAAUUUUAGCUCACAUGAACAAACCCAAGAUUACUGAGAGAGACUGAGAACUGAGAAGAUUCUCUGUUAGAGAAGUUGCUUUCAUGGCAGUUUUUUUGGUGACUAUAAAAUGAAGGAUACUCUGUUGAGUUAUACUUAGUUUGGGAGCGGAAAGGUUAAAGAUAUCUUUGCUCUGGUGUAUGGUUGUUUGUGUGUUUUGGAAACGGGAACAAUGUUGUGUGCUUGCUCAGGAGAGCAAUUCAAAUUCAAGGAGCCGGUACCGCGGUCACCGGAGUCGUUGGCCACCAGAGAUUUCUCGAUCAGUGGCCUCUCGUCGAGAACGGACGAUUUGAAGAGUAUUUCUUCAAGGACUACUGGUGAUUUGGGGUCAAAAUAUGAAGAUGCUCAUGUAGAUGAAGUUGAAUCCACGUUGAAGGAAGCUCUCUCAUUAAACUAUGAGGAAGCUAGAGCAUUGCUUGGCAGGAUAGAAUAUCAGAAAGGGAAUUUUGAUGCUGCUCUACAACUUUUCCAAGGGAUUGACAUUAAGGGAUUAACUCCAAGAAUGGUUACUGCUAUUUCAGAGCGAACCAGGCCACGAAAACAAAGAUCCAAGGGUGAUAAUUCCCUUGCUGGUGUAAUGUCUUGGCAUUCUGUAAGCCUUCUCCUUGAAGCCAUUCUACUCAAGUCUAAGGUCUUGGAAGAACUUGGGAAGAUUUCAGAGGCUGCUAGGGAGUGCAAAUUGAUUGUGGACAUAGUCGAAUCUGCAUUACCUAAUGGUAUGCCAGCCAAGAUCAGUAAAGACAAUAGGAUGCAAGAGAUGUUUCACAAGGCUCUGGAAUUGCUUCCUAAACUAUGGAAAGAAGCUGGGUGCCUUGAUGAAGCCAUCAUAGCUUGUCGUCGAGCUCUUGUGAAGCCCUGGAACUUGGAUCCUUACAGAUUAGCUAGUGCCCAAAAGGAGUUAGCUGCUAUAUUGAUUUAUGGAGGGGUUGAAGUGGGCCUUUCCCCUCAAUUACUAAUAUGGGGUCCAACUACCCCUAGAAGUAAUAUCGAGGAAGCAAUUCUUUUGCUGUUUAUCUUGAUUAGAAAAGCAUCAUGUAAUGAAAUUGAGUGGGACCCAGAAAUCAUGGAUCAUCUCUCUUUUGCAUUGUCAAUGUGUAAUGGUUUCUUGUUUCUCACUCAGCAUGUGGAGCUUGUACUUCCAGGAAUCUAUGACAGAGCUGAGAGAUGGUACAUUCUUGCCCUUUGUCAUAGUGCUGCAGGCCAGAACGAGGCAGCAUUAAAUCUAGUGAGGAAGAUUACUGGACAUUCUGAGUCAAAGCACAAACCUCACAUCCCUUCUCUUUUGUUGGGAGCAAAAUUGUGCGUGGAUGAUUUGAAGCAUGCUCAAGAAGGAAUAGACUAUUGUCAUAGAGUUUUUGAAUUGGCUGGUGACGAAAACAACCAUUUUAUGGCUCAAGCUCAUAAGUUCUUAGGGUUGUGCUAUUCAAAUGCUGCCAGAGUAUCUACAUCUAACUUGGAAAGAGAGAUGUAUCGGAAGGGGUCACUGAAGUCUCUUAACAAGGCUGCUUGUAUUGUAAAGGAUGAUCCUGAGUUGAUGUUCAACCUGGGAUUGGAAAAUGCUGCUCAAAGAAAUCUUGAUGCCAGUUUCGGUUACACCAAGCUCUACUCCAAUAUGAUGGUUGGGAGUUCGGGGAAAGGGUGGAAACUAUUGGCUUUAGUAGCUUCCGCACAGCAGCAAUUUGAAGAUGCUGAAGACAUAGUUGAUAUUGCAUUGGAUGAAACCACCGGCAUUGAUCAGUUACAACUGUUGAGAUUAAAGGCUGUUCUACAGAUUGCUCAAGAUAAUCCCAAGCAAGCUAUAGAAAACUACGUACAACUGUUGGCACAGAUUCAAGCAGCAAAGAAGCACAAUUUUCAGAGUCACACCCUGCAGGUAACAGAAAUGAAAAAUCUGGAGAUGGAAGCUUGGCAAGAUCUGUCCAAUCUGUACACAAGGCUUGAGUCUUUGGGAGAUGCCGAAAUUUGUGUGGAAAGGGCAAAGUCAAUCAACCUGUACAGCCCUCAAAGUUGGCAUGUAGCAGGUGUGCUGUUCAAGGCUCGAUCACAAUACAAGGAAGCACUCGUUGCUUUCUCUGUCUCACUGUCAAUCGAUCCAAAUUACGUACCUGGAUUAGUUUCAGCUGCGGAAGUGUUCAUGGAACUUUGUCCCUCUUCUCUACCUAUAGCAAAAGGCUUCUUAACGAAUGCCCUACAAUUAGAACCAACAAACCAUGAUGCUUGGUUGCAUUUAGGUUUGAUUCUUAAAAAAGAAGGUUUAAUAUUGCAGGCCGCUGAUUGUUUCCAAGCUGCUUGCGAACUGAAGUCCACAGCGCCUAUUCAACCAUUCUUAUAAAGCUAUUUUCGGAUACUUUCAAAGAAUAAAGUUUAGAGAGGCGUGUGUUUUCAAAAAAAAAAAAAAAAGUUUAGAGAGGCGUAUGGCAGGAAGCUUAAUUUAUCCAGAUCCUUUUUGAAUUAAUGUAAAUCAAUGUUCUCGUCAAACAAAAAAAGAAAAGAAAAAUCAAUGUAUCAUAUCCAAUGUGUCAUGGUAUAGUUUGUAUUUCACCCGAUGCUUAUGUACAGAGCUGAAAAUUCUAGCUGGGCUAACUAGUAGCUCAGAAUUUGCAGCUACAUUGCCUGUAUGCUCUCUUGUAAGGUGUAAUUUGUCCCGUAUAAUUCACUACUGUUUUUGCUGUUAGAAGUAGAACAUCUACUCAAAAUCUAUCUAUUUUCCUAAAACUGGAAUUAGCCCAAUUAGGGUACAUUGUUUCAAAAUUAAUCUUAUGCUGGACCAUACAAAAUUUA